AUGGCUUCUUCAUACGAGCUAUACCGGUAUACUCCAUCGUUGGCAGCUGCCGUUCUCUUCAUCAUCUUAUUUAUCCUCAUAACGGCCUACCAUGCCUAUCAAAUGGCCCGAUCACGGGCUUGGUACUUCACCUGCUUUAUACUGGGCGGAAUAUUCCAAAUAAUGGGAUACGUCGCCCGGGCAUUGGCGCACAGCAAUACUCAAAGUGUAUCAAUAUACGCUAUUCAAGCGGUUCUCAUUCUCCUCGCGCCUCCUCUAUAUGCCGCAACGAUCUACAUGACACUCGGCCGUCUCAUCGCCUAUCUGGAAGCAGAAAAACUAAGCAUCAUUUCCAUCCGAUGGCUAACCAAGAUUUUCGUCAUGGGUGAUGUGCUAUCAUUUCUCUUGCAGGGAGCCGGUGGUGGUCUCAUGUCCAGCGGAACGGCAAGCGGAAUGACCACCGGCGAAAAUGUCAUCAUGGGCGGAUUAGCAGUCCAGCUGAUUUUCUUCAGCAUUUUUGUCAUAGUCGCCACUCUUUUUCACUAUCGUAUUCAUCAAAACCCUACGCAGAUAUCUAUAUCGACUAGCAUUGUGCGCAGUGGCUGGCGUAAUGCAAAUUGGGAGACUACAAUGGUGGGAUUAUACAUCGCCAGUAUACUUAUCCUCAUCCGGUCGGUAUUCCGCAUGAUUGAGUAUGCAGGGGGUAAUGAUGGGCAUAUUAUGAGCCAUGAGGCGUUCAGCUAUAUUUUCGAUGCGAUGCUUAUGUUUUUUGCGAUGGUUGUUAUGAGUGUGUUUCACCCGUCCAAGGUUUUGGGUUCGGCGGGGAAGGAACAGAAUGUUGGUUCGUCGGAGAGUGUACAGUUACGGAGGAUCUACUCUAAUCCAGCGUGA